AUGAGCGUCAACCUUGUCGGCGAUCUAAUGACAGGGGGGUUCCUCCCGGUAGACAGGCUGGACGAGACCCGAAGCAGCCUGGGGAAUGUGCUCCGAGGCAACGGCUUCCCGGAUAGGGGCAAGUUCCUCAAGUUUUUCGAUAGCCAAUACGAAGAACCGUGUGCCCAGAUCAUAACCAAAGCGAAGAUGGCCUGUCUCGCAAUGCUGGCAAGAAGAAGAGAGGCGAUACUCUGGCGCAUAUGCUUGGACGACCAGCUGCAAGACCAGACGCAGGAGCACGAGAAUGAUGAUGAGGAGACGCUGAAGCGAUUCUGA